CCGCAACGUCCCCCCUCGUUUGAAUUAAACUUAGAUAUAGAUAGAGAACCAUAUUAAUCCGCCACACACGCAAACAUAUGUCCGAUGCUCCGAUGUCCGAGCACACAGAAGCAUUUCAAAUCUGGGAGGGCAGCUGCGGUAGCUGUAGCUAUAGCUGCUACUGCUGAUAACACCCGAUCGGAAUAAAAAGAACGAAGCGGAUCGGCUUUCAUCACAUACAAAACAAUAACAGAAUGCUGUCAGCUCACGUAGUGCGCCGGCAGAUUUCAGUGCCUAAGGUUCGUCGCUAGUCGAAAGUCAAGAAUAGAGGAAUCCGAGAUAUUUUCCGAACCCGGAGAUGCGCAGCCUCAAUCAAUUCCGCUUGAUCACCUUCGACGUGACCAACACAUUACUCCAGUUUCGCACCACCCCCGGCAAGCAGUAUGGCGAGAUUGGAGCUCUCUUUGGAGCCAGAUGCGACAACAAUGAGCUGGCCAAAAACUUCAAGGCCAACUGGUACAAGAUGAACAGGGACUAUCCUAAUUUUGGGCGAGACACCACCCCCCAAAUUGAGUGGCAGCAAUGGUGGAGAAAGCUGAUAGCAGGUACCUUUUCCGAAAGCGGAGCUGCCAUUCCCGACGAGAAGCUCAACAACUUUGCCAACCAUCUGAUUGAACUCUACAAGACCUCGAUCUGCUGGCAGCCGUGCAACGGCAGUGUGGAGCUCCUCCAGCAUCUCCGAAAGUCCGACAAACGCAAACUGGGAGUGAUAGCGAACUUUGAUCCGCGACUACCGGCUCUGCUGCAGAACACAAAGCUGGACCAGUACCUGGACUUUGCCCUAAACUCCUAUGAGGUGAAGGCUGAAAAGCCGGCACCUGAAAUCUUUCAGCGUGCAAUGGAGGUAUCUGGACUGCCGGAUCUCAAGCCAGAGGAGUGCUUGCAUGUGGGCGAUGGCCCCACCACGGAUUAUCUGGCCGCUAAGGAGCUGGGCUGGCACUCGGCAUUGGUUCAUGAGAAGAGCUAUGCUUAUCUGGUCAGAAAGUACGGUGAGGUUAUCGACCGGGAUCACGUCUUCCCUAGCCUCUAUGACUUCCACAAAAAGGUCUCUGAUGGCACAGUGGUCUGGUGAUUGAUUGUAUAUAUUAAACUAGUAAAGCCAAA